GUAAAGUGAAUCGAAUUUUGAAUAUUUAUUUACUCGUAACCUUCAAAGUAAGUUGACCUUAAGAUAAGGUUAUUUGAUUUAAUAGAGCCGGUGCUACAUGUUACACACUAUAUUUGCUUUUUCAUCGAUAAAAGUGGGUUCUAGUGAAAAAACACGAACAAUCAAAUCAACUUGAAAGUUUGAAGCGCCAAAUUCAAAUCUUUCAAAGAUAGAUAAUAAUUACAGAUAUGCCCCAGUAUUUAAACGACGAACAUUACGUCGCUCAGUACGAUUAGCGUCAAGAUAACAGUUCAUAAUCGUCGUUGUAGUUGGAAACAACAAGAAACAUGCUUGUAAAGAUUACCCAAUUGUGUGGCGUGAGUUCAAAGUUUAUGAAUGCAAAGAAUUUUUACACGUAUGCUAAACACGCUGCACAAGUUUCGUUUAAGUUGUCUGACAUUGGAGAAGGUAUAAGGGAAGUGCUGGUAAAAGAAUGGUUUGUGAAAGUUGGUGAUAAAGUGUCUCAGUUUGACGAGAUCUGUGAAGUUCAAAGUGACAAAGCGUCUGUUACUAUUACAAGUAAAUAUGAUGGAGUUAUAAAGAAGUUACAUUAUAAAAUCGACGAAACUGCCUUGGUGGGAAAGCCACUUGUGGAUAUUGAAACCGAAAAUGGGGAAGAAAUUAACAAAAGUACAAAAACGGCGAAAAAUGAACAAGUCGUAAUAGAAGAAAAUCCGAAUGAAACUAUUAACAAUACAUCAUUAUGUAUUCCUUCGGUUAGAAGACUUGCCAAGGAACAUAUGCUUGAUUUAUCUGGUAUUCAAGGUAGUGGUAAAAAUGGAAGAAUUCUUAAAGAAGACGUACUCAAGCACCUCGCACAGACUACUCAAGACGAAACUCCUGUUGUAACUACCGCACAAGACAGGAUAGAACCAAUGACAGGUUUCCAGAAAGCAAUGUUUAAAACAAUGACUAAUUCCCUGAAAAUACCCCAUUUCGUGUACGGUGAUGAAAUAAUAGUCACCGAGUUAUCUCGUUUAAGACAAAAUCUCAAACAAAAUCAGGAUCAUAAAAACCUGAAACUAUCGUUUUUGCCCUUUUUUAUAAAAGCGGCAUCGAAUGCGUUGCAGCGACUUCCAAUUUUAAAUGCCAUGUUAGACGAAAAAUCUGAAAACGUGAUAUACAAAAGCGAACACAAUAUAGGAGUGGCAAUGGAUACUAAAGCUGGACUAGCGGUACCGGUGAUCAAAAAUGUUGAGAGAUUAAACAUAUUGGAAAUUAAUUCAGAACUGACUAGGCUAAUUCAGAGUGGGCGUGAUGGUGUUUUUUCGGCACAAGAUCUGGCAGGGGGGACUUUUACAAUCUCAAAUAUAGGCGCUAUUGGAGGAACUUAUAUGCACCCGGUCAUUAUGCCACCGCAAGUGGCCAUCAUCGCUUUAGGAGCAUCACAAGUUCUCCCUAGAUUCGACGAAACUAAUAACAUUGUUCCUGUAGAAGUUAUGACGAUAAGCGGAAGUGCGGACCACCGGAUAGUUGAUGGUGCCACAAUGGCACGAUUUGUGCAGACUUUGAAGAAACAAAUACAGGAUCCUAAAUUGCUGCUUUUAAAUUUAUUCUAAGUGGAUGACACGACUCAAUAAAUUUUAUGCGAAAGUG